AUGAAAAGUUUAGGUUUUACAAAUAUUUUUAAAAAAUUACCUACGACUAAUAACUUAACUAGUCUUGAUUGUGUUUAUUCAAAUUUCAAUUUAGAAGUAGAUGAAUGUCAUGAUGUUGUAGGAACUUAUUAUAGUUUUCACGAAGCACUAAUUUUCUCUGUUGAAAAAGAGAAAAAAGCAACUAAUUUGAAUAAGCAAGUUGAUAUUAAUAUUGAUGAUGGAAUGGAUGUGAAUGAUUCGUUACAAAUUUCGACACCAGUGUUCCAAAAAUCAGAAAAACUAAAUAAACGAAAAAACAAUUCGAAAGAAAAAAAAAUGAAUAAAUUUUUAAAGAAAACAAAUGUUUCGUCUACUAUUGCUAUUAUUAAUAAUUCUUUGAAAGAAAAACAAAUAAGAUGUCUUCGUAAUUUGAAGAGUGCUUUAAAAGUAAAUUUCCCAAGCAAAUUAUCAAGUGAAUUUAGUUUAGAUGAACAACUUGGUAGUUUAGGUUUGAAAAAAGUUAAUAUAAUUGGUGAUGGUAAUUGCUUUUUUCGAGCAAUUUCACAUCAAUUGCAUAGACAUGAAAAUGAACAUCUAGGAAUUCGAUCUAUAGCAAUAGAAUAUCUUAUAUACAAUAUGAACGAUUUAUCGGAUUUUAUUGAUGAAACAUAUUCAACAAUAGGAAAUUAUAUUGAACAAAUGAGUUUGUAUGGAACAUAUGCUGAUCAUUUAGUGAUUUCAGCUACAGCAAUUAUCAUUAAUAAAAAUAUAAUCAUACAUGAGUUAGGUAAAAGACCUAUAUUGAUUCCGGGAUCUGAUUUUAUUGAUGAUCAAUUACAUAUAUGUUACGAUCCUCAUAUUUUACAUUAUGAUAGUGUUCUUUGUAUUAAUGAUAAUUCAGCAUUUCUUUCUCCCGAAGAACUUCUUAUUAUAUUAUAA